AUGGCCUCAAUUCUUGCUGGAUCCGAGGAACAACACGAAGUUUGUCCACCAUCUCCCGAAGGCCCACCAGAUGGUCUUGGAGGAAAGGCGGUAAGCACUACAUGUGGCCCCUCCCUACACCAUUUUGCCUCAACCAAUGGCUUCAAUAUUGUGCAGAUUGGGGCUGCCGAUCCAAGCGGGCCACGUUACAGUUGUGUCUUCCCUCAUAAAAUCUACUAUCUUGAUUCUUACGCGUUGAGUCAUCCAGUGUACUACCGUCUGUAUACGAAGAACGGGCCAAUCAUGUCAAACAACCCAAUCUACGCGAACAACCCCUUCAUCAGCCGCACUCUUUCAAAAUCCGUCGCGCCUCCUCGUACAGCCUUAUCCGUAAAGAGGCAUCUUUGCAAGAUUGAGGGCUUACAAUCAGCUCUCACAAGGUCCACGUUAUUAGAGUCGCUUUCAAGCGAAACUGCACUUGCGGAAUCGUCUCGAUUGGCUUUUGGAGGGUAUUCUGGUCCGGGGUUGAAUGAGAAUGACCCUAUUGUUCUCGUGGUUGGAGUAGAAGACGCUGAAAAGCGACUGGCAAGCACAGCGCAGUCGGAGAGACUACCUGAGGCUGUACUGCCUAAGCCCCGCUAUGUCUAUUAUCGCCUUUACGACGAAGAUGGCGCAUUGGCAUCCAAGAUGUCUUUUGAUGCAGAAGACUCAUCCUUGGGGCGGAUAGACACGCACUCUAUCGCACCACCACAAACAGUCUCUUCGAUGAGGUCUCAAAUCAUGAGGGUCGAGGGAUUUGUUAAUCGGACCGCCCAGCUGUUCCAAGAUAUGGAAGGAGAGGUGCUGAUGAAUGACAAGACUCACAUAUCCCUACAAGCGCAGGUUUACCCGGGACAUGAUGAAGAUGAGCCCAUAACGGCUGUUUGUAGUCAAGAGAAGGCUGGGGUGCCUCAGCCUGAAAACGGGGUCUUGGUAGGGCCAGUGGACACAAGCCUCUUGAGGCAGAUCACAGGGGGGGCGACGUGGAAUCCAGAUAAGAAUCUCCAGGCAGACUGGCUUCCGUUCAAAUACAGAGAGAUCAUGUACACAGAUGGAGUCAAAACGACAGGCUACAUCAAAGGGCGCCCGCCGUGUAAAGAUCAUUGA